AAUGGCCUUGCGACGCCGAGGCCGGGGCUUUUGUGGUGGCAGUCAAGAAAUCGUCAGCAUGGUCCGCAUCGUCUGCAACAAGUUCCGCGCGUCGUCGCUCUUCGCCGCGGCCCCGAAGCUCAUCAAGGGCCUCCCCGUGCAUGCGUUCAAGAUCGCCGAGCCGACGGUCUCGAUCACCAAGGUCGCCAAGUCGGUCGCCUUCAAGCGCACGAUCGCCCACGCUACGAGCGCGACCCGUGCUGUGCCCAACGUCGAGAAGGCCUUUACGCGUGCUGCCUUCUAAAUGUUACCCUAGACAUGGCGAGCCCUUUAACCAUUCGUCCGGUCAACAAGGGCAUCGUUCUACUCUUCGUGCUCGUUUUGUCGUCUAGCGCAUGGUCAGCUUGGCGUGGACGACGCUGUCAUGUUUCUCAAACGACGGCCAUACAUCAUGGCUGCUGACAUGCAGGUGCAAUGAGCGGUCGCCCGCUGGAGCUCUCAACAAGCAGGCAGGCAGACACAAGCAAUCACAUAUUCUAGGAAGUUGUGCCACUGGUAGCCCAUUGCGUGAUACACCUCUGUCACCAACUCUACGAGGAGGCGACUGACAUCUCUCGAGUCGUUGUGUACGGGUGUACUCUUUAAUCGUACAAGUUGACUGUAGGACCAGGCUUCGUUAAAGACAAAAUGAGCAUGUUUAGAGUUACGGGCUAAUGCAUCGACACGAAUGCUGCCAAGACAGCAGAUAAGAGCGCUGCGGGGCCCAUGGAAAUCUCAGGCGCCGCCGACUUGCGAAGAAUCGCGACGGUCGCGUUGUAGCCCUGGCAGCGAAUCUUGUUGGACUCACGCUGGAUCGAGUCGCGGGUCUUGACCACUUGGACAAACUCGGU